CUGACCCUACCCUACUAUCUUAAUUUCUAGCAAGCGUCAGUUGAUUUAAAUUUGUUCAAAUUAUUUUGCAUUUAAUAUAUCAAAUUAAUAUGGAAUUAUCAAAUAAUGAUUUGGAAGAAUAUGUGGAAAAACUGGAAAACGUUUUUUCUAACCAGAAGUCCAAUAAAAAGAACCGGAAUGAAUUAUCAUUGUUAAUUGAAAAUGUUUGUAAUGAGUUACAAAUUAGUAGAAACUUAGAAAAGUCAGUAGUUGAUAAUUUUCAAAAAUUACUAGAUAGUAAAGAUAAUGAUAUUAAUCAUAAGUAUGUUCAACUUGAAGAUGUAUGUUCCAAACAAAACAUUGAAAAUAACUUAUUAAAAAAGAGAGUUGAGGAACUUACUAUACAAAUUAAACUAGAUUUAGAAGCUCAAAAAAAUGAGUAUGUGACAAAAAUUCAAGACGUAGAGGAGAAAUAUAACUCAGAAAUAACUAAUUUACAAAAUCAGCUGGAAAGUGGAAGAAUAUGUUACGAAGCAAAAGAAAAAGAACUUUACAACGAUUUGCAAAUGGCGCAGACUGCGAAUGCGUUAGAAUGGCACGAAAAGGAAGCAAACCUAAAAAGUCAACUUACAGAUGCGACUUCAAAUUUGCGAUUUUGUAAUAGCAAAAUAAGGAGUAUGCAAUGUGAAAUGAAUCAAUUAAGAGCCCAAUUGUCCCUUUUGAAAUACGCUCCCAAAGAUGCAACUUCCAAAGACCAAAGAAAUGUACUUCAUUUUAAGCCCAAUCCUAUUCAACAAGUCAAGAGCAAUUUGGCUCAGAAACAAUAUCAAUUUUACGAAAGUGUUGACUCAAAUUAUGACAAAAAUCUACCAUAUGACCCUUGCUACAUGUCAACAAGUUCUACAGACGUCGAAGAUAAUAAUCAAAAUAAUGUCGAAAACUCAAUAGAUAACACCAAUCUUACUCAGAACCUACAUACUUUUGCGGGACCAAGUUCUACUACACCAACGGAUAAAAGAGAUGAUUUGCAAGUUUUAAGUUUCGAAAAUAGCCGUGACAAUGGUCAUAACUAUCAACCCUUACCUACAAGUUUUUAUAUACCAAAUUUUAAAUUAAACAAGCAUCAGCAGAGUCAUGCACCAGAGAAACAAAAUAUGAAGUUUAAAGCCCACGACAAGACAAACUUAUCAGAUUCUAAAAUUUCAAGUACUGUAACUAUCUUGAAUAAAAGUUCAGAAUCGCUAAACAUUAACAAUAAUACUGAAACGCGUUCUUCGGUAGUAAAUAUAGAGAAAACUCCAAUCAACAGAAAUAAUUUACCUGCCUUGAAACCAUGCAGCAGCAGUACUAAUGUAAAAGAAGAAAAAAAAUCUAAACGUAUGAAAAGAAAAUUGUACGAUCCGAAUAGUUCAGAUUAUUCUUUUAAUUAAAAAAAUAAUAAAAUAAUAAACGUUUUUGGUCUUUUAAA